CCGUCAGACCCGCUGCUUCUUCCCACUUUAACUUGAAUAAUAAACCGGGUUGGAUCCACGUGCAGAACCGGGGUUAACGUUAGCUGGGAGGCUAGCGGAGCGUUAGCCGCAGCAUUACUGGAGGGAAGCACAUCCCCCCCUCCCCAUACAGACAUAUUGGAUAAAAAUAAAAAUAUACAUGCUUAGAGUUCUGGUAUUCAUAUCCCAUAAAAUGAUCACCAUUAACUGGUUUAAGCCAAACCUUCCAACUCUGGAGCAAUGGAAGCAAAGGUUGAAAGAGACAGAAUCAGCUCUGAACCUGUGGAGGACACAGACACAACCAGCUUUGUGGCAGAAUUCUCAUUGGAGGCCAAUUAUCCUGUGCAAGUGACAGAUCGUCAUGAUGCAGUGACACUCCACCUGACCUCCAUGCCCUCUGGAUACCGGAGCCCCUCCUCAGACAGGAUAAGACAGCCAGUUGAAGAUGGUGAGGAAUGCACCUGCCCAACAUCUACUUCACCAGACUUCCCCAAAGAACUGCAGUUACUAAACAGUCCCUGUGAGAAAUGCUGCUGCCCAGCACCUCCUCCCAAGAUCAGCGACCUCAUGAACGACAAAGAUCUCCUGGAUUUACUACGGCUCAAACUGGAUCCAAACCACUGCACCAUCAAAAACUGGAAGAACUUUGCGAGUCGCUGGGGGAUGAGCUACGAUGAACUGACCCUGCUGGAGCACCGGACCCAGGGCUCUUUGUCCCACAGCCCUACCCAGGAGUUCCUGCUGCGCUACAACCAGAAGACGGUCACUGAGCUCACCGAACUUUGCCGCAUCUACCAGCGCAUUGAUGUGCUGCGACUGCUGCAGAGCUGGAUAGAGAAGGACUGGCCAUCACGCUGGCAACAGACUCAUUAACCAGCUGCACCCACAAUUGACUCUUUGCAUAUUUAUCCUGUUUCUCUUUUUUUCUUCUGUCAGGGUUGUACUUGUUAGGAAUUUCCUCUUCCUCUUGGAUACAUUUUGCCAAAUUUUGACUUUAGUAACUUUAUCAAGUGAUUUUAGGCAAAAGUCAACAAUGAACAACAACUGAAAAGAUUCUGUGGAGAAUGUCAAUCACUUGGUGCUUAAGGUAGCACAUUAUCUUACAGACUGCAUAGCACUAACAAGGUUUACUACUGAUUAACAGUUUGGCUUGCUGAACAUUUUUGACAUAUGAGCGACAUAGCUUUUGAGAUGGAGAUGUUGGUCUGACUAUCUGUUGGUUGGUUGGCUCACCACUGUGGUCCAGACUGAAAGCUAUUGGCUAUUGGAUGGAUUGCCAUUACAUAUUGUACAGACAUUCAUGGUCCCCAGAG